UCAUGACUACACACGCUGAAUUUGUGCAUGGAUAAAAGACAGCACUUUGUCUUAGAACAUUCAGCUUUUUGAUGCAACUUCGCUCUCUUCUAUGUCCUAAUAUUCAAUUAUUCUUAACGAAUACUACGAUUUCACUCGCCUACCAUUAACUUCUUUCUGGCGUUAUUACUCCGCUUUAUAGUAGAAUUUGACUGAAAGGCCAUAAACUAACCAACCCAAUGACCUAUCGCGUUGAGUUAAUCUGGACAGUAUGGUGAUUAUCGACCUUGCGUAAACCACGCUAUAAUCCAUGGCUGAGCUACAUGUGAUCGGACAGAUCAAUUACGCUCAUGGGUUUCCGAAUGUGGAUUUGUUUUGCAAGUGGGGGAUAAACGCUGGUGAAUCUUGGCGGCUCAUUGAAGGUGUUUCGGAGGGUCAAACACAAGUGGAUUGUCCGAAGAUUGGAGAGAAAUCCUAUUUCUGUCAUCCCAUAGACUUACACUUCGCCACCAAAGGACUACAAGGUUGGCCAAAACUGCAUUUUCAACUAUGGCAUUACGAUUGGGUCGGUCGAAACGAUUUGUACGGAUACGGUUUUUGUCAUGUGCCUACCUCACCUGGUUAUCAUGAGCUGGAAGUUGCAAUUUGGAAACCGGUCGGAUCAAUCACUGAUCAAAUUUUCUCCAAUUUUAUCGGUGGUGGACCUCAUCUCCGCAAAUCCGAGAUUGUUUACAGUCCUGGUGAUCGCUUUUUUCUUCAAACACAAAGCAUGGGCUAUUUGGUUCUGCAUUUGAAUGUUGUACAUCGGAAUUUUGAUAAAUUCGGUGUCGAAUUAUGAA